AUGGCCGUCCAAGAUGGCGCGUUACCGCGCAACAGAGCCGCUGGCCGGGCAAAAUCGACCAGAAAGGGGAAAAGGGCGCGUGUCCAUGACAAUGACGCGUCUAAUUCCGAUCCAAGUGGGGAGAUAGGUUCGGACACCACCGACUACACCUCUUAUGAGGAAGGGGACUCCGACGCGGAGGCGGGGUCUGACGCUUCGGCGUUACCUCCGAGUGAGGAACAAGGCAUAUGCGAUCCGCAGGGUUACCCCCUGUUCGAUCCUGAUGACCUUCGCCACCCUCGCUCGGCGGAAUGGGACCCGACCCGAGCAUAUAGCUAG